CAACGCGCAGUUAUGACUCAACAUGCCGAGCACAUGAAAGCAGUGGUAUUGGAUCUUAACCUAGAUGUACAAAACACAACGGACUAUCCUUAGAACUCCUUGUUAGGUUUAUCCUUUCUCAGGUAUAUUGAAUCUGGCAUCCCAUCUUACACAACACGAUGGCGGACAUCAUUACCGAAAGCACUGCCAAAUUACAACUGGAUGAGGAGACCGGGGAAAUGGUGUCAAAGAAUGAGCUGAAGAAACGUAUGCAGAAGCGAGCCAAAAAAGCCGCCGCAGCUGCUUCCUCUCGCAAUGGUACAUUGACAUCUGAAGGUCAAGGACCGACCAAUGCACCAUCUAGCAAGCCCGCCAAGGCAGAGGAGUUCAGUAUCGACCCAGAUGCCAUGUUCAACCAAGGCUUCCUAGCUGAGGUUUACAGGCUGCGCCCGUCGAAGGACGUCGUAACGCGAUUCCCACCUGAACCAAAUGGCUACCUUCAUCUCGGGCAUGCCAAAGCAAUAGCAAUUAACUUUGGCUUUGCAAGACAUUACGGGGGCAAGACGGUUAUAUUCUACUUGUCAAUUGCCAGCCGGAAAUCUUCUGACGAAUACUCCAGAUUCGAUGACACGAAUCCCGACGCUGAGAAGGAGGAGUACUGCAUCGCCAUCAAAGAUAUGAUCCGGUGGCUGGGAUUCACCCCAGCUGAGAUUACUUAUUCAUCCGAUAACUUCCAGUGCAUGUACGAUCUCGCUGAAGAGCUGAUCAAGCAGGAGAAAGCCUAUGUGUGUCAUUGUAACGAGGCCGAGACGAAGAUGCAACGCGGCGGCGAGGAUGGGUCCAAGCCGAGAUAUCGAUGCGAACAUUCAAAGCAAGACGUCGAGACCAACCUCAAGAAAUUCCGAGAUAUGCGAAAUGGAGAGUAUGCACCUCAGACAGCUUGGCUUCGCAUGAAGCAGGACAUGGAGAAUCCCAACCCCCAGAUGUGGGAUAUUGCAGCAUAUCGAAUACCCAAGAACCAGGAGCCGCAUUUUCGAACAGGAGCUAAGUGGAGGAUAUACCCAACCUACGACUUCGCGCACUGUUUAUGCGAUAGUUUUGAAGGUAUAACACACAGCUUGUGCACUAGCGAAUUUAUAAUGUCGCGAGAGAGUUACGAGUGGCUAAACCAGCUCCUGGUUAAGUUUCAGCCAAUGCAACGCGAAUUCGGUCGCUUGAAUCUCAGGGGUACAAUCAUGAGCAAGAGAGAUAUAAGGUGCUUAAUAGAGAAGGAAAUCGUUCGCGGCUGGGAUGAUCCACGCCUAUACACCCUCAAAGCGCUCCGGCGGCGGGGUAUACCCCCUGGGGCGCUUCUCUCUUUUAUUAACGAACUUGGUGUCACUACGGCUACUAGCUUCAUCGAGAUGAACCGUUUUGAGCAAUCUGUCCGACGAUAUCUGGAAAGGACCGUACCUCGCCUCAUGCUAGUCCUUGAUCCUGUGCCGGUAGUGAUCGAAGACGCCGAGGAGCAGGAUCUAGACGUCCCCUAUUCGGCAAAAGACCCCAAGAUGGGAUCCCACAAGUUGAGGCUGACUAGAAAGAUCUAUAUUGACCGCUCCGACUUCCGGCAGGUGGAUAGCAAGGACUACUUCCGACUCGCCCCGGGCAAGACUGUUGGCCUCUUGCAUAUGCCGUACCCUAUCAAGGCAGUCUCUUUCGUAACGGACGACGCCUCGGGAGCUGUCAAGGAGAUCAAAGCUAUCUUCGAUAAAGAUAUCAAGAAGCCCAGAACCUAUAUCCAGUGGGUGCCCGAGGGCUCACUUGCGGCCGAGGUUCGCAUCCAUAAGCCCUUAUUCAAAUCAGAACAACCCUCGUCGGCGCCCGGCGGGUUUAUGGACGACAUCGUCCCUGAUAGCGAGACAAUCUGGCCGAACGCCAUGAUCGAAGCCGGCUUCCACGAGGUGCGCCGUCGAGCACCGUGGCCAGAGGCGGAGGGUGAGAAGACCGGUGACUCCGGGCCCGAGAGUGUGCGUUUCCAGGCUAUGCGUGUUGCCUACUUUGCGCUGGACUCGGAUAGCACGGAUGAUGCUAUUGUACUUAACCGUAUUGUGUCUUUGAAAGAAGAUUCUGGGAAAAGUGUCUAACUAUUAAAACUGCUAAAUAAUUGAAAAGAAAAGAACAAGCAAUUAUAAAAAAUAUAAAAUAGAAUAUUAAUGGUAAUGAAGAAGAAUAAAAAAGGUCACAAUCGCAAGAAUAAUCGUUAUUACUGAAAACUACAACUAAUGUAAUAACGGUAGUAUCGAGGCUACAUUAUAACGACUCGAGGGCUUAAAAAAAAGGGGAGGGAAACUAUUCCUUAGCUUUAGAUGG